UGCACACAUUUAAUAAUGUCCACUCAGCAAUCUUCAACAAAGCUCAGUACACUUAGUCAAAAAAGACAACAAACAAUAAUACACAAUCUCAACCUCUCCACUUUCACUUGUUUAGCUUUUUUGUGUGUAUACACAGCACAAACCGAAUUAUGUUCUUACGAGGAAUACCGCACAAACACAUCAUAUAUCAGGUCUUAUUUAGUUUGACAAUCUGGUAGAAUUUCAUUUCAAAAGGUUGCAGUUUUGUUACGUGAAGUUCUAGAAUUCUUUGGAAUCAAUGUUCGGCUGAGGAUAUUUGUUUAUCUGAAGUUCUAAACCAUUGGUUGGUUUUCAAUUGGAUAGGUCUACAAAUAUUGAUGGAACUUUGAAGAGCUGAGGCAUCAGCAUAUGCAUAUACUAUUCUGGCCAACUCUCUAGUCAUAUCUCCACCAACUUCAGGAGGCGUUGGUGCUUCGCUUUCUGGUCCAAAUUUUUAUUUGGACAAGCUCCUAUUUCUUCCCACUGAUUAUGGUUAACUUUCUCUGAUCCAAUCUUCUCCAAUGUGAUUAAAUCUUCUCCGUCACGGGGUAGUGAUGUAAAGGCAAUAGGUUUGUGUAUAUAAACUAUAGACAAAGGUUUGAGAGGUUGAAUAUAAAAGGAUUCAGAACAAGCUUAAUCUUCUGUCAUGGCCAUGUGUAGGUGUGUUUCUGUUUUGAUUAGAAGGAAGAACAAAAUCAAGGGCAUUGAAGGAUCUUCAAAAGGGGACCUGGAACAGUUGCAUGCCAAAGUACGACACCCAACAAUAUCAUCAAAGAGUCGUGAUUUAAAGCCAGAAGCCACCCAGAUGAAUUCAAGGUGCAAUGUGAAAGUUAUGAGUCUCGAGAGUCCAAUGAAGACUGAAGUACAAGAAGCUUAUGACGGGGAAGAUGAGCAUGAAGAUUCACCUUCCAUCAAGAGAGAGCUAUCUGAUUUUGAUCUCCAAGUUCAUGAAGCUGUUGCAAGCAAGGGAGGAUAUGAUCCAACAGGCAAAGAGAUGAACUCCCCCAGUUUAUAUAAAAAACAAGUCAACAUUCAAUUUGAAGACAGAGACGAUAAAUACAACAAAAAGAGCGUUGAUUUAAUCCUGAGUGGGCAUGUCAGUGAUCCUGGGAUUGGCAAGGGUGACUUCUGGGAUUCUCCAAAGCUGAAGCGAUCUUGUUCUAACCUGGAAAGAAGGGAUAUAUUACGGAAGACUGCUCAUCACUUUCCAUCUUCAAGGUCACAGUCAUUUGAGAAUUUGCAGGAAUUAUCAGCAAAUCAGAUGAUUAAUCUGGAAAGUCCCAGGUCUGUGAUGACUCAGCACAGUGCUGAUAAAGUGAUGUUGAAAAGGCGUUCGUCUAGUCAAGUUCUCCCUUCUGGAAGUAAGAAAUUGUGGUGGAAGUUGUUCCUCUGGAGCCACAGGAACAUUCAUCGACCUUUGGUUAGCAAAUCAACACAAUUACAUCCUGCAAAUGCUGUUUUAAAAAAUCAAUGUGGGUACUCUUCAGACAUCCUGGAGCCAAAAAAAGGUAAGACAUUGAGACAUGUGAGAUCACCCUCUCCUGCAUCAUCCUCAGGAGAGUACUUUAGCAAAAGCGGCAAGGAUAAAAAUAUUGAUAAUCCAAGGUGGAGCAGAUUUCACAAGGAAAAAAACUCGGAUUUUUGGACACAAAAUCAAUGGGUAGCCUUCUCAACAGAACCCUCCUCCUUGAACAGAGUGGAUGAGUGGAUGAAAGAUCUUGAAAAUCAGCAGCCACCUCCUGAGGAUUAUUUUCCUGUUGACAGUAUUGGAACCAUUGUUCUGCCACCUUCUCCAGAUGCUGAUAGAUCAAUUGCAAGAAGCACGACUCAGUUGGCCCGACAUCAAGAUGCCGAUUUUUCAAAGGAUAUUUUGUACGCCAAUAGCGUGGUCCAAUCUCUGAAUUCAGCCUCAACUGCAGCUCAUAUAUGUGGUGUUGGUAUAAAAGCCAUCCCUGCAAUAUCACACUUCUCCAGUCUUCGUUCAGUGAAUUUGUCUAACAAUUGCAUAGUUCAUAUCACACCUGGAUUUCUCCCAAAGAGUCUUCACACACUAAAUUUGUCAAGAAACAAGAUCAGCACCAUUGAGGGCCUCAGAGAAUUAACCCGAUUGCGUGUACUUGACCUAAGUUAUAAUCGCAUCUCAAGAAUUGGACAAGGGUUAUCAAAUUGUACACCGGUCAAAGAGCUAUAUCUUGCGGGAAACAAGAUAAGUGAUGUUGAGGGGUUGCACAGAUUAUUGAAGCUAACAGUUCUGGACUUGAGCUUUAACAAGAUAACAACAACAAAAGCAUUAGGCCAGCUUGUAGCAAACUACAACUCACUUCAGGCCCUGAAUCUGCUUGGAAAUCCAAUUCAAAGCAACAUCGGUGAUGAGCAACUGCGCAAAGCAGUUUGUGGUCUUCUUCCAAAGCUAGUAUACCUGAACAAGGAUGCCGUAAAGCCUCAAAGGGCUCGAGAGAUGCUCACUGAUAGUGUUGCCAAAGCUGCACUAGCAAACAGCAGCCGUACCUCGAACAGAAGAGCACUGAAGAAAGGUGUCCAAGGAGGAUCAAGUUCCUCCAGUGUGCAUAGAAGCAGCGCUGGUUUAGCCCAGAAAAGCAGGCACAGGUCAAAGAGCCGAUCUAAACAUCAGUAGCUGCCUGAAAAAGGAACAUUCCACCAGUCUUUUAUGUUUCCAAGAACUUAUAAACUGGGGCACCUAAUGCUUCAACCUAGAACCGAACCAAUACGUUAAGGUUUGGUUGUAAGAACAUUCAACCAAUGGUGUGUUUGCUUCAACCUGUAAUUAUUAAUGUUUGAUUUAUAUACCAUAAAGGAGACACUGCACAUGGUCGCCAGACAUUGACAGUCUCUGUCUAAGACUUGAUAUAAUAAAAUCUUCACCAUCUCCAUUCUGUAAAUGUAAUAUAUGGAACUCAUUUAUCCUCUGGAAAUUCUGUGAACUUCAUGUAUACAAUUUUGGCCUUACGAAACAGAAAUUGGCCAGCCUAA